GUAUGUUUGUUUUCUUUUCACAGGAGCUGCCGUUAUAAAGGCCUAACUUGGGAGAAAUCCCAAGUUACCUGUGACAUCAAGAUCAAGAUCAGAUCAAGAUCAUAACAGUGCACGCCGCUUCCUUCUUCCCGUGGUGACCGUCUUCAGGGGCCAUCAACACCUGCCCUCCUGCUUCAAAUCCACGCCACCUGGUCUCGGAAAAAAGCUGCUUAGUACAUGAUGAAGGCUGGGAACGGUCACAUUCUGUGUGUGCCAGGGCAGAGACUGUGUGAGGCCAGCAGUACCCAUGUUGGGGGUGAGGGCACCUACACCUUCAACAAGUAUAUCUAUGCCUCCCUGAUUGGCAAGGUUGUGGUAGAGCCUCAGAGGGACCUCCAUGUUGUUAAGGUGACUUCAGGGCAACAAGGCACAGUCAUGCCUGAAGCUGGAAGUGUUGUAACUUGUCGAGUGCUGAGUGUGAACCCAAACCAAGCCACAGUGUCCAUCAUCUGUGUGGGCCCCAACAAGCUGCACACACCUGUUUCAGGGACUGUGCGCAAGCAAAAUGUCCGGGAUCAUCAGAUUGACACCGUUGAAAUGUACAAUUGUUUCCGGCCGGACGAUAUCAUCCUGGCAGUGGUAAUGUCCCUUGGAGAUCUGAGGAAUUAUGAACUAUCAACAGCUGGGACAGAGCUUGGGGUGGUGACAGCCUGUUGUGAGAGGUCACCCCUAGUGCCUGCCUCUUGGACAACUAUGAAGUGCAAAUGUAGAGUAGAAAAGAGAAAGGUGGCAAAAGUAAUGCCUCCAAAAACAUGAACAGUAGUUUUCCCUUGAGCAAUAAGUACUCUUAGGUUUUUAUAAAAAUAAAGUGCAACCUCUUAAAGCAAUAAAAUUACUGAAAAUAA